AUGUCCAAAACAAACGCACGAGAAGGUGUUUCCAAUAAUAAACUCAAGGAUACUGGAGAGAACCAGCAGCAAUCCAUCAAAAAGAAUCAAGACUCCCCUGUAUCUAGUCAGCAGGGCUCACGAAUGGGCUCCGAGAAAUCUUACGUGAAUGCAGCGCCGCCUCCUCCAGCGCCCCUCUAUGCCAUCAAGCAACAACAAAGUGGUGAGGUUGCCAACACCAAUGCUCCCAGUCCCCUGUGGUUAAAAUAUUAG